AUGGGUGAGAUAUGGACUUGUGACCGCAGAGCAGCACAUAAGCGCACUGGGCGGGCGAGGGGACAGAAGCUUCAAGGAAGCGAUUGCGGGACGCACCUAGAGGCCGUGUCGGGAUUGGCCAGUGCCUGCAUGUGGUGGGCAGAGGACGAGGCGUGCUUUUGCACCGCUGUUCAAGCCUCCAGUGUCAGUCUGCCCUGGGCUUUGGCGACUUCUGCCCGCGCAUUCGUCGCAAGGCCUCCGUGUGCUGUCAAAAAGGCGGCCAGUUUGCUGACCUUGACGACGCCACGGCCUGGUGCUGGCAUAGCAGUAAUGGUCGGCACUGUCCUGGCCCCUGCACCAGCCGCGGCGGAACUGCCUCUCUAG